CUGUGAUUUUAGUUGAUGUUUGAUUUGUUCUUCAGGUGAAGGGUGGGCUGUCAGGUUUGUAUGAUGGAGCAGAGGUGGUGCUGGGACCAGACUCAGGGCUGCAGGCUCCUGGCCCCGAGCAGCAGUUCAUCAACCAGAAGAUGAGGCCAGGGUCUGGUGUGCUGUCAGUCCAGGUGCUGCCAGAUGGACCAACACGUGUCCUACAGAUCAGUGACUUUAACCAGAGGAGAAUGAUCCGCAGCUCCCCCAGUACAGAGCAGGACCGGGGGAAGGGGGAGGUGAAGAAGAAGAAGCCUGAGCAGGAGCUGGAGGUGUUGGUGAACCUGGAGGAGGGUGUAGGGGUAUCUCUGGUCAACAAGGUCCCAGAGGAGCUGGUGUUCACCACGCUGUCCGGGAUAGAUGUCCACUUCACCCGCACUGCAGCUAACGAGGUGUUGGAGCUCAGCAUUCAGAACAUCCAGGUGGACAACCAGCUGCUGGGCAGCACACAGCCUGUGAUGCUGUGUGUGACGCCCAGCUGCAGUGACAGCAGUGUGAGCGACAGCGGCCCUGCCCUGCAGGUCAACUCUGUGAAGGUUCCCAGCAGCCUCAUGCUCACGUACCUGUUCAAGCACCUCAUGGUGACCGCCCGCCGCUUCACCGUCAUCAUUGAGGAGAAGCUGCUGCUCAAGCUGCUCAGCUUCUUUGGAUACGGACGGACUGAGGCUGAGCUGGAAACAUUUGAUGAAAACAUCUAUGAGAAGCCCAACGAGGAAUCAGGACCUCCCAAACGCUACUACUUUGAGAACCUGAAGAUCAGCCUCCCCCAGGUCAAACUUAGUGUGUUUACCUCUCACAAGCUGCCUCCAGACCUCAAGGUAACCCAACACACUCAUCUCUACUCACACUGUCCCUUCCUGGUCAAACACCUGACCAGCUGCAUCCCUGUGAUUGGAGGCUUCCUCUUUGUGUUUGUGGUCAUCACGUUGCUCCAGACGAGCUUCACAGACCCCGGCAUCUUGCCCCGAGCGACGCCCGAUGAGGCGGCAGACAUCGAAAAACAGAUCGGUAAGAGCCAACUCCAGUCAUAG